UCACUUCUUCAUCGUAUGCCAUUUUUGGAAAAAUUAUCUUUAUAUCUUCGUGUAAAAGGUCGAAAUAGAGUCAUCGAUGGUACUUAUAUUCAACAUGAUAUUCUUGAUUAUAUGCCACAACUUCAUUCAUUCACUUUCUAUAUUAGUACUUUUAUCAAUACAAUCGAUUUAUUUUAUAAAUUAUCAAAUGAAGAUAUUCAACAAACAAUCACAAAUAUUGGACAACAUGAUGUGGCUAGUAUGGUUAAUUAUAUUACUAAUAAUAAACCCGAAGGUUCGAUUUUCUCACUUCCUUUUACAUUUGAUUAUCUUGAAGGACUCGGCAAUGCAUUUCCAAAUAUUAUAUUCAGUUAUGUCACAUUUUUACUUGUUCAAGAUAUUGGUGGUUUCAAACAUGAGUUCUUCAUUCGACUUGCGCGAUCAUUUCCAUUACUGAAAUGUCUACAUAUUAUGAAUGUCCAAUCACAGUUGUCGUAUGAUCUCAAUGAUCUCAAUACAUUUCUAACUGAUAAUACUCAAUCAUAUUCGCUUAUCGAAUAUCCUCAUCUUACUUCACUUGAUUUGAGAUAUGCAAAUGAAUGUUAUCUCGAACAAUUCCUCAAUGAAACAAAAGCAUAUGUACCUUGUCUAAUGGAAUUAGGUGCCGUCGCUUUUCUCUUGGAAAAGGUAACAAAUAACUUCACAAGAGAAGAUACAAGACGCAAUUGUACAAAAGUGGAAAAAUUAUAUUUAUUGGGAUCAUUGAAACACUCAAAAGAUGUCUGUCAUUAUUUACCUUCAUUAAAAUUCUUUUUGUAAUUCUUCUUGUUUAUUUAAUAAACUCAAAAAAGAUCUUAUAAAUUAAGUUUAUUGAACGCUGGCAUGUAAACGUCGAUCUUAAAAAAAAGAAGGAAGAGAGAGGAUUCAACUAGUCUUUUUGGAAAAUGUGCUAUUUCAGUAACUAUUCUACCCAAACUAAAUAGAAUAAAAUAUUGUACUGAAUCAACAAAAAUUUUUCUAAUAAUGUCAUCUUACAAAUCUCAUCGAAUUUUUCUUUUUGGUUUUGAUAAUAGGAUUUUAUCAAGCCAAGAACGUGAUUCUUU